UAAUGCAAUAAGAUCCAUAUAAUUGGCCUUUUCCUCAUCGUUAAGAUCUCAUGAGUCUUUCAACAAUAAGUAAUUAAAAUAUAUAAAUUUUAGAAAACUAAAAAAGAGAUUACAUCUAUGAAAAUAGAUCUUAAUCUACAAUGACAAUAUAAGGCAUUGAUGGAGCAGCUCCUAAAUUAAAACCAUACCAAUAUUUAAAUAAAGAAUAAUUUUGUAAUCGUGAUGACGAUAUUCCAGGAACUAAAUCUCGACCACUAAUUAGAUCAAGCAAUAGAUCUGAUAAUUAAUUAAUGGUUGAUGAUAUUAAAGGAACUAGGCCUAAAGUUAAUAAAUUUUCAACCAAUCGAGACCCUGUUAAUCCUCUUGAACCUGUUUAUAAAAUAGCAUCUUAUGAAUAAGCUGAACCCUUAUAACCUAAAUUCAUAAGAGAUAGCUAUAAUGUAUAGGAUAUUGAGGGUGCAUAACCAUCAUUCAUGAAUCCUAAAUUAAAGAAAUAGCCUGUUAUUAUGGAAGAGGUGGAAGGGUCACAUCCGAGAUAACUUUUCUUACCUAAGGGUAUUAAUGUAUUAAAGUGAAGAUUAUGUUGACUCCUUGUAAGUAAAAGAUAUCAAUAAUGAUUAAUUACAUAAAUAUAUUCGAAAUACUAAUCCUAUUGAGCCUAUUUAUUAGCAUAGAGAUGAAGAAGGGUAUAAAAGAAAGAUGAUAAAAUUAGAAAAUUAGUGCAGAUUGGUUUUAUAGAUGGAAGCAAAACAAAAUAAUUACAUCCUAUUACAAUAAAUAAAUUUGCUUCAUCAAUUCUAACAACUUAAGAUAUUGUUGGUGCUUAAGCUGGAUCUCAUUCUUAACAUUUUUUGAGAACAAAUUAAAGGAAAGACUAUAGAUAAACAAAUAGUAUAUCUGAUAUUGAGGGUGUAAAAGCAGGUACACUUAAAAAAGGAAUAGAAAGUAAAAGAUAUACAAAUCCAUUAAUGCCUGCUUAUCAAAUGCCAGGAAAUAGUGAAAUUUAGUAAUUUAUAUUUUGAAUUUUGAUUAGUUCCAUGAAAUCAAAAAGUGUAUUUUAAAAAAAUGCAAGUAUAUAAAUGUUGACAAAUGCAUAGAAGUUGGAUUCCUUCUUACCUUAAAUUUGA